AUGAGCACACAGAACGGCCUUCGAGUGGGUGACUCGUCCGACACCGACCACGGAAACGAACAGCAGACCCGCGAUGCUCCAUCAAAGCGGACCGUCGUCGAUUGGCUCCGAGACGAUGUCAACAUCCGAUACACCGAUAUCCCCGUCCUCGCCUGCUGUCUGGUGUCUGGUUUGUGCGACAGUGUAGCGGUCAACGCCGCCGGCGUCUUCGUCAGUAUGCAAACAGGCAACACCAUCUUCAUGGCCCUUGGCGCCUCACGUCUGCCGGCCGGCGAGCCGCUCCUCUGGCUCAAGUCUCUCAGCUCCAUCGCCGCGUUCUGGCUCGGCUGUUUCUUCUUCUCCAAGUCGAGGCACAUCCACCCCAAACGCAGAAGCACCCUCGCGCUCUCGUUUCUUCUCCAGGCGUCCCUCAUCUUCCUCGCCGCCGCCUUCGCCCAGACCCGUCUCAUCGCCGACUUUGGGGCCACAUCCGUCCAAGGUUCCGACUCAAACCACGAGUUCAAAACCUCUGAGAACCCUCUCGUCAUGGUCCCGCUCGCCCUCCUCGCUUUCCAAUUCGGUGGACAGAUCGUCACCAGCAGGAUCCUGGGCUACAACGAGGUCCCAACCAACGUGCUUACCAGCGUCUACUGCGAUCUCCUCUCGGACCCCAAGCUCUUUGCGCCCCUGAAGGAAAAUCCGAAGCGGAACAGGAGGUUCCUGGCCGUAGUUCUGCUUGUGCUGGGAGGCAUCCUCGGUGGUUGGUUGCAGAGAAGCCAGGCUGGCAUGCCUGGGGCGCUCUGGAUCUCUGGUGCUGUUAAACUAAUCAUUGCAAUCGCCUGGAUGGGCUGGGCCAGUAACGAGCCAGCAGAAAGCAAGCUUGAGAAGGGUGUCGCGAAGUCAUAA